GUUAUACACUACCAUAAUUAAAUCUAGUUGAUCAUCAAAUUCGUUCAUUACUUUCAUUUACCACAAUAGAUAACAGAAGUACAGAUUUUCCUUCUGAAAACAAAAAUAAGUCGAGUGGAACUGAAUUUCGAUCAUUUAAUCCGUCUUGUUCCAAUUAUCACUGACAAGAAAGUAGAUAUAAGAUAUGAAUUGCACGCAAGGUAAAAAAAGAGAACGGAGUCCUGAGAAAGAAUGUAAGAAAGAUAACCCUCACUCUAGAAAUCUGACAAAUAUUAAUAAAGAAGUAAACUCUAAUAAAGAGCAGAUAAAUUCAAAUUCUAAUAUUCAGCAGCAGUUACAGCCAUCUCAUCCAACGAUCUCGUCGCAACAAUCGCAUCAAUCUCACUCGCUGCAACCAACAAUUCCUGCAAUAGCUCAGACUUUUUCUGCUUAUUAUUAUGGCGUUCCAGAACAGAAUGAUGUUGAUCCAAAUCAACGAUCUCUUUCUAUGAUGACUCCUUUUAACAUGUAUGCUGCAAUGAAUCCUCAGUGGCCUAGUUACCAAAUGGAUGGCAUGGGAAUGCCUCCGAAUACAAUGCAAGCUUCUACUUCACUUCCUGUUAGCUCAGGCAUGGAUAUGAUACCUAGUACAAGUGCUGGUAUCAAUCCUUAUGCAGCCUACAUGCCCAUGACAGGUGAUAUGUAUGGUAUGAUGGGAAACUAUUUACCAUAUCCUAUGUAUCCUCCAGACAACUCUAUGAUGAUUCCUCCAGUUAAGGAAACUAUCACUUUAUCCUCUUGUGUUCUUUAUCCUCCUCAUCCAGGGCAACAUUUUAAGACGAGAGAAAGACAUCCAGGUUGUAAAACUGUGUUUGUUGGAGGCUUACCGGAAAAAAUUUCCGAAGAAAUAGUCCGUGAAAUCUUUAGUAGAUGUGGUGAAAUAAGUACUGUUCGAAUGAGUAAAAAGAAUUUUUGCCAUGUGCGGUUUAUUGCAGAAGCUUAUGUAGACCAAGCAAUGAUGUUAUUAGGCUAUAGAUUAAAAAUAGAAAAUAAAGACGAAAGCGCUUAUUCUGGAAGGCUCCAUGUUGAUUUUGCUAAAGCAAGUGAUGAUGAGUAUGAAUGGGAAUGUUUGCAACGGGCAUUACAAAGAGAAGCUCGUCAUCGAGAAAGAAAGGAGCAAGAAGCUUUAAAUCCUCCAACGCCACCACCUGUUGUUUAUUAUUCUGAGCAUGAAGCAAAUCUGUUAACUGAUAAACUUAAGAGCAAAGAACAUUUCAAAUCUGCUACUCAUGUUUUGAUUACUUGGUUAGAAAGAGGAGAAUGUAACAAGAAAACUUUUGGAAGUUUUUAUUCUAUGAUUAAGUGUGCAAUUUUUCAUUUGCAGACAUUGUUCAAUGAGAAAGAAGAGUUAGAAGAAAAAAUGUCCAUUGCCAAGGAACAGAUGCAGCAAAAAAUGACUUAUAUUUCUUUAUGUUUCAAUGAGAUAUAUAAAGUUUUUGAAACAAUUCAAAGCUUACCAUCUUCAAUGGAUAUUUUCACAAAAGCUCAAAGAAAAGAAAUUGAGAUAAUGAGAAAAAAAACAUUGAUGAUCAUCAAAACCCAUUCCAGAGAAUUAGUUGAAGAACGUGUUGAAGAUGAAAUGGAACUAAGUGAAGGAGAGGAAGAAGAGCAAAAAUCAUCAAAUAUUUCUGAAAAUACCAAAGGCAUAUCUAAAGAUGAAGUUCGGAAACUGCGUGAAGAAGUAGAGGAGUUGAGGACUCGUUAUCAAAAUGCUGUUGAAAAAAAUGCUACAUUAAAAAUAAAGAUGGAAUCAACUUGUAAUACAUAUGCUCAAAUUCUGCAAGAAAAGAAAGAAGCUAUAGCAAAACAAGCAGAGUUAUCUGAAUUAGAAAAAUUUAAAGAAGAAUUUGUAGCUACUCAAGGUCUUAACACCGCUUCUAGCCAAUCACAUGAUGUUAGAUCCAGUUCUGUAGAUGAAAGCGCUGGGAAACAGUAGAUUCAUCCGACAUUGUUUGAGAAUUCCUUCUUUUUGGAUAACUAUACCCUACUUAUAUGGAACAUCAAGCAACUUGUUUCCUGAAUUAUUUGAAUGUUCGACUUAUAUAUUUUAUCGAACAUUAAAAACUUUGUAUACUUUUGUUGAACUGUGUAUGCAAACCAAGAACUGCUUUAAAAGUUUUUAAGCUUUUGUUAUCGGUGAAAGUGCUAUUGAAUAAAAUCCAUUCAGUAAGUAAUUUUUUGCAAGAUUAUCUUAGUCAUCUGAAGAAGACACAGGAUAAGUGAACAUGUUAUUUACUUUAUUGCUUUUGAGUUGGAAGAACUAUGAAGAAGCCACUUAGGUUUAUCUUUAUGUGUCAAGAAAGUAAGUCUUUUGACUUAAUUAAAUGGGAUUCUGCUCUUGGUGAUGUCAGUUUUGCAAGUUUGUUUAAGAAGUUAUGCAUCAAGUUCAACCUUCCAAUAGACCACUGUACUCUUGCAAUUUGUAGUGAUAGAUUAACAUGCCAGCCACUGAUUCUAUGAUUGCUGAUGGUUUCAUUCCCCAUUUAGCUGCCAACAAAGUACUGAUUAUUUUGAACUAAACAUCUGUAAGAACAAUAAGUCAGACGCACUAAUUGUUGUUUCUUUAAUAGUUCGAUAGGAUCAUUAACUUCAGUUUUCCACUGUGUGGAGCUGGAAACAGUCUUCUUAUCUUGCUGCAUAUAUUAUCUUUGCUUUGCUGGACACCACUUUCAUGACUAUAGUUGCAGCCAAUGAUUAAGACUAAAGGGCUUUCAUGAGGCUUAAAGAGAUUAUUGAAGGAUUAAAGAGGGAAAAGUGCCUUUUCUGCAACCAAUUCCUAAAGAAAUAUAUUACUUAACUGUGCAUUCAUACUGUUUUUACUGAGAAAAUUUUCUUGUGUUUUUGCUUUAUUGAUUAUUAUUGGACUUGUAUUCCAGUCUUAGUAUUAAAUUGGAGAUUAUUUUUGAUAAUCCUAUUUCAGAGGAUAUUUUUGAUAAGCUUUUAAACUAAUUAAAGGGGAAAAAAAUAUAUUUUUCAAAUAUUUUUCAAUUUUGAAUUGAAUAUCAGCUAUUAUGUUAUUAAUCACAGAUGUUUUUAGUCUUAAAAUUGUACAGUUAUUUCUUUGGUGAUGAAUCAUUUUAUUUAUUAAUUCAUAAAAGGAACAUUUUUUUUCCCACCAUAUUUAGUUAUGCAGUUUAUUUUUAUAAUUCAGCUAACUAUAAAAUGUAAAAAGACAUGUGGUUGUUUUGUUGCCUAAAAUCUAAGCUGGGCCGCUUCAUGAUUUGUACUUUUCAUAAAAUGUUUUAUAAUUUACAUUAAGCUGAAUAUCGUAUAAUCCUGAUUAUUCAGCUCUUGCUGGAACAGAAUAUCAAAUGUUUAAAACUAACUACACCACUUGUAUAAUUAUAGGACGAAUUAUUAAAAAACACUACAGAAGCAUGCAAACUUUUGAUUAGUCUGUUACUGCAAUAUUAUUUAAGGAAAUAAUCUGUUAUCUAUAUUUUCUAAAUUCACGAACGUUACAUUAAAAAUAUUAGACACUAUCAUAAAAUUAAAUAGUUUAAAAAUCGACUUUUUAAUGCAAAAAACAUUCAUAUGAUUUGCAUGAAUAAAUAUUUGCUUUUCAAUGCAACAUCACAAUUUGAAUUUUACUAUUUCUAAGUUAGACAUUUAUUAAUUUAACUUAUUUCUAACUAUAAGGAAUAUAUAAGUUUUUUUUAAAACAAUUUUUCUAUGUAAGCAAAUCAACUACCUCAGGUAUGUUUGAAUGCAAGUCUUGAGGGUAUUACAAUAAUGGAAUAGUUUAUAUAAUAACUCACAAUUACUGUUACAUAAUAUUUAUAGUGAGUUUCUACUAUUUAGUCAAAAUGUGUAAAAAAAAAAAUUAAGUCACUAAACAAAUAAAAUUUUAUAGACUUGUGUUAAGAAUCAAUCUUGUUGAGUAAAAAGAAGCUUAUAUAAAAUUAAAUGGGUAAAUGAGGAAACAUCUUUAUUAUUUGCAUACCUGCAAACUUAUGCAGUUUAUGUGAACAAUAUUUUCUAGUGAUGACUAAUAUAUAUUACUCUCAGUUUGUAAAAUUUUAUUUAAAAGUAUUUUAAACUAACAACAUGAAGAAUAAAAAAAAUUGUAAAACCCUAAAAUUUAUGCUUUGUUUAUGUAAAAGUCUGACAAAAUAUAUAAAAUAUUUUUAAUAAUGCUUUUUCUCGCCUUUUCAACUACCAUCAUAAAAAAUUUCUAGGAAAAAUUGUUGCAGCUAUGUUGUUUUGUGCUAUAAACUAAUAAAUUUGUAACGAAAUUUCUUUUGUAGUUUCUUAAGGAUGUAGUUUUAGAAAAUAACACAUUUUAUAAUAUAGUAUAAGACAUAUUAUAGUUGCAAUAUUGUACUCUGAAAUCAUAUGUUUUGAGGUUUUAAAUUCAUAAACUACUUUUUUUCUUGGGAAAAAAAGACGUUUAAGUAUCUUUUUAUUUUUGAAAAAUCUGAUAUGUUGUCUAAAAUUUAUGAUUGUGUUUGCCAGAGAUGUAAUUUUUUCUUUUUAAAUUUGCUUUAUCAUUUUGUAUGGUUCAUGUCUAACUGCAUAGUAUAAGCUCUCUUUUUUAGUAUUAUUGUACUUUUAAAAGUACUGAAAUAUUGUUUUGUGCAUAUCUUAUGCAUAUCAUACAUUAUGCAUAUCUUUACAUUAUGCAUAUCUUUAUGUAUUGGAUACAUUUUUAUUUACACUUUUUUUCUUUAUUUUUUUUAAAUAAAUUUUCACUUAUUUUUGUAUGUAAGUAUAUGUUGAUGAAUGUAUAAAAAUAUUUCUUUUCAUCUUGAAUAAGGUCUGAAAUGUAGGACACUUUUAAAAGCAUUUAAUUUUGAAAACACUUUCUCUUUUGUGGACAAUUUGUUGCAUUUUCAUUUGAGUACCAAUUAACAAUUUUCAUUUUAUAUUUCUACAUUCUCUUUUUUAUGUGAGUCUCUUUUUAAUAAAAAAAUUUAAUAUAAUCAAA